AAAUUGUGCUUUCCAGUCUGUUACAUUUGAACUAAGAAGACAAAUCACAUAGAGCAUUGCAAUACCAUUUGGUGUACAUGGUUAUGAAUUUGAACAGCAUAAGGAGGUGGUGUUUCAUUUCAAAAAAUGAUGUCAGAUGGACAGUUUUUCUCACCAUAUUAUGUGUAUGGUGUACCGUUUGUGGAGGUGUAUCCUCCCCAACUACAACUGCACCAACAACACCAGUUUCACAAACAGCCAGUGAAGUUUGUAUUAUAAAAACUAAAGCGUCUAUUGCCACAGCUAUGACCCCCAAACAAAAUCAAAAAUGUACAGCUGUGACUUUCACAACUACACCUCCUACAACUACUGAUUCAACAUCAGUGGCAUCUUCUAUAACAAAUGAAGCUUCAACAGAAUAUCCAACAACAGCUACAGUUUCAAACACAAUGUCAUCUUCAAUGGCAACAGGAACUGAAUCUUCAAUAACCACAGAUUUAACAGCAAAUGCUGCUCCAACAACAACACCACCAUCUUCAACAACAACAAAUGAAGAAGCUACAAACACAGCUGUGACACCCACAACCACACUCACAUCCUUGCCAACUACAACAGCAACAAAUGCUGCUCCCACAACAACAGCACAAUCUUCAACAACUGAAGCUUCAACAACCACAGCUGUAAACCUCAAAACCAUGCCUAUAUUCCCAGAACCUACAACUGCACCUCCAGCAACAGAAAAUAUUGCUUCAACAGAGAAACCAUCUUCAACAAUAACAAGUGAAGCUUAUACAACCACAGAUGUGACCCCCACAACCACACUCAUAUCCUCAGAACCUACAACUGUUCCUCCAGCAACAGAAAAUGCAGUUCCAACCACAGCACUAUCUUCAAGAACAACAACUAUAUCUCAAUCCAUAACACCACUUUUCACGACAACAACCAAACCUCCUACAGCAACAACAUUUGUCACUCCCACAACCAUGCCAAUGUUCUCAGAAAUUACAACAUUUCUGACAACCACAUCUUUACAAAAUGCAACUCAAAUUUCAGUGACACACAAUCCAGAUCCAACUGCUUUUGAAGCUCAAAGCACUAUUUCUUUAGCAACCACUGCAACCAGUGCACCGACACUCAUAAUUGUUACUCAAGAAACCACUAUGUCAUUGUCAAUGUCAACAACUGAUGCCUCCCCAACUACUAUUGUGAAUCCACUGACUGAAUCUGGAGCUGCAACAACUCAAACAACAGCAGUUGUCAACAGCACACUGGUGUUCAACUCUUCAUCUCCAGUCCCCAAUGAAGCUCUGGUCCUCAGUGCUAUCAACACUCUCCGGCAACGCAGAGAGUCACAGCUCAAUGAUUCAGUGAAGGUGGUGAAUGUCACCUAUCAGAAAAUCUCAGAAACCUCCUAUGCUGUCGUCUUUACAUUUAACCUGAACAACAUCAGCAUGCCAGUGAAUUCUGAUCUCAGAGGCGACACCUACCAGAAAGUGCAGAAUACAACCAAUAAUGCGCUGAACACUCUUCUGAAUGAUCCUGGGAAACAACUUUUUGUACCCAAAACCUCCAACUUCACAAGCACAUCAAACCAGAUUGAUGGCAGUAUGGGAUACACCUUCCAGGAUGAAGAUGUCAUACAACCAGUCAGCUUCCUAAAUGAGCUUCGUUCACAGAUGGAACUGACCACUACAACAGUGUCUCCAAGCACAAUAUCCAGCUUCCCCUCGACUUCUCCAAGCCCAAUAUCUGGUUCAGCAGUGGUCACAAGCAAGCUGCUGUUCAACUCUUCAUCUCCAGUCCCCAGUGAAGCUCUGGUCCUCAGUGCUAUCAACACUCUCCGGCAACGCAGAGAGUCACAGCUCAACGAUUCAGUGAAGGUGGUGAAUGUCACCUAUCAGAAAAUCUCAGAAACCUCCUAUGCUGUCAUCUUUACAUUUAACCUGAACAACAUCAGCAUGCCAGUGAAUUCUGAUCUCAGAGGCGACACCUACCAGAAAGUGCAGAAUACAACCAAUAAUGCGCUGAACACUCUUCUGAAUGAUCCUGGGAAACAACUUUUUGUACCCAAAACCUCCAACUUCACAAGCACAUCAAACCAGAUUGAUGGCAGUAUGGGAUACACCUUCCAGGAUGAAGAUGUCAUACAACCAGUCAGCUUCCUAAAUGAGCUUCGUUCACAGAUGGAACUGACCACUACAACAGUGUCUCCAAGCACAAUAUCCAGCUUCCCCUCGACUUCUCCAAGCCCAAUAUCUGGUUCAGCAGUGGUCACAAGCAAGCUGCUGUUCAACUCUUCAUCUCCAGUCCCCAGUGAAGCUCUGGUCCUCAGUGCUAUCAACACUCUCCGGCAACGCAGAGAGUCACAGCUCAAUGAUUCAGUGAAGGUGGUGAAUGUCACCUAUCAGAAAAUCUCAGAAACCUCCUAUGCUGUCAUCUUUACAUUUAACCUGAACAACAUCAGCAUGCCAGUGAAUUCUGAUCUCAGAGGCGACACCUACCAGAAAGUGCAGAAUAAAACCAAUAAUGCGCUGAACACUCUUCUGAAUGAUCCUGGGAAACAAGUUUUUGUACCCAAGACCUCCAACUUCACAAGCACAUCAAACCAGAUUGAUGGCAGUAUGGGAUACACCUUCCAGGCUGAAGAUGUCAUACAACCAUUCAGCUUCCUAAAUGAGCUUGGUUCACAGACAGUCUUAACAACAGCCAGCCCUCUGACAACAAGCACAACUUCUCCUCCAACAGUUAGGAUGAGGAGGGUUUAUAUAAAUAUUCAGCUCAUGUUCAAAACGGUGGGCCCAAUACCGAGUGAGAAUGACAUUCUACAACUGGUCAAUUCUUUGAUCGACCCACGUUUCAGAACUAAACUUCUCUCAACAAAACUUUCAGAUGUCAGAUUUGCGAAUGUCACCUUUAUAAGAAUUAAUGAUACCAGCUAUUCUCUCAAAUUUGGAUUUGAAAUCAGCAAUAUAUCCAUGUCAGAGAAAAUCGAACUCAGGAAUGAAACCUACGUUUCAAUCCAAACCACUAUAAACAAAUUGCUCACCGAGAUCCUAAAUGACCCCUCAGCUCCUCAGUUUGAUAUCAAACAAGUUGAUUUCAAUGAUAAUAACACCGUGAUUCAGGCCAAUGUUACAUAUGUUUUCUCUGAAAGUAACAUAAACACAAACAGCACCUUUGUCAAGGAAAUUCUCAAAAUUAAUGGAGUCUUAACGACAGCCAGCCCUCUCACCAUAAGCACCUCUCCACCGAGCUUGUUUAGGAAGGUGAUUAUACGCAUUAGCCUUGUGUUUAAAACACGGGGCACUCUACCAAGUGAGAGUACCGUUCUACAAGUGGCUAACUCUCUGUUAAUUGGAUUAAAACUGAGAACUAAACGAGCCCUCACAGAAAAAGAUCUGAAUGACCUUGUGAGCUCUGUGAAUGUCACCUAUACAAAAAUUGAUGAUGCCUCCUUCUCUCUGAACUUUGGAUUUGAAAUCAGCAAUGUAUCCAUGUCUGAGAAACUUGAUCUCAGGAACGAAACCUACACAGUGAUCGAGAACUAUAUUAACACAUUUGUGUCCAAGAUCCUAAAUAAAACAACAACGACUCAGUUUAAUUUCAAUAAUAUCAUUUUCAAUGACAAUUCCAGCGUGAUUGAGGCCAAUGUUGUGUAUGUUUUCUCAGACAGUGACAUAAACAAUUUUGGCUUGGUCUCCAUUUUUCUCGCUACACCUGCUCCAACCACCGCUUACCCUACAGUUCUGAACACUACAGUCCCAAACAACAGUACAAAUGCGGCAUGGGUUGUGGCUAUCAUUGUUCCUGUGGCUAUUGUCCUCGGGCUUAUACCUUGCUGGAUUCUCCUUUGCUGUUUACUCUGUGGGUGCUGUGCAGCAAUCAGAAGACGUUGGCACAGAAGACAGUCGUACAACAUGCAGUACACCACUCGAAACAGCCUCUUCUAGAGAUAUUCAAGAACAAAACAUUGAUGUUUAAAAGAUACAUUAUUUUUUUCCUGUAUUGCUGGGCAUACAGGACCUUUGCAACUGUGAUUUUAAAGCUGUUAUUUAGGAAAUUAUUUUAUUUAUUUGAAAAUUCUGUCAUAUAAAGUGAUGAUGAUCUUGUUUUCCAAAUAAACAAUUUGGUACUAUACAUUUAAUGUUAAGGGAUGGAUUUAGAAUGUGUUGAUCACGUUUUUAUUUACAAUUCAUGUAAUUUAUCUUCAUCUAAUAUAAUAUAUUGCUCCCUACUAAAAAAGUUUCCACAAAUCCACUGUGAAUGUUUUAAACUGUCUAGUUAAAAUAAUAAAAACAAUUGUUCAA